AUGUUGGAACCGCAGCUGAUGCUGGAAGUCUUGAGCUCGCCCUUUUUGUGCAGCAGCGCCACGCAAAUGUGGCCCUUACUGCGCCGCUGGGCGUCCGCCACAGGCCUUGACAUUGAGGAGUUCAUGUGUCGCCUGAAAGAGCACGUUCAAAGAACAGGUGUUGAGCUUCGAAAUGGCCUGCCCGCAAACGGAGAAUAUUCCAGUAAUGUCCUGGAAAGCCUCUGGGAGCGAUAUGAGGCCCUUGUGAAUUCUGAGGGAGCAGGCCCUUUUCUAGGAUAUUGGGUGAACUUACAGCCAAGUUCACCGAGUCUGUUCCAAGAGUACCAGCAGGACAUUGACAUGCUCAACAAGCUUGCUAGCCACAGAAAAGGCCUGCGACUCGGUGCGGGCCAGGCAUUGACCUGGAUGUUGCCCCAUGCCACAGCACAUGUCGUGGGACUGGAGCUCUUCAAUGAUUGCGAGGCCAGAUUCCAGAUCUCUUGCUCGUGUGACGGCUUGCAGUGGCACGUUCUUCUCGGUUCGGACCCUGAGGAAAGGUUUCAGAACCAGUCGCUCGAGGACGACUAUGUUGUAUGUUACUCUCCUUCGCCAGCGAGAUAUUUCAAGCUCGCAAUCAUGGAUGGCGUGUUCAAAGGCUUCUUUCACAUUGAAGGCAUUUUGCCGACCUGCUAG